UCGGUUUCUAGGCAGGUUUUUGAAGCGCAAGGCUCGCUAACUAACUGGCUAUCUACCUAGCUGUUUAGCUAAUGACAUUUUAGGCAUAAUUCAAGCGAAAUCUAUUGUAAAGAUAGCCGACACAAAACAACCAACAGGCUUUUACAUACACGAACCAUUAGUUUGUUAAGCAGAUAAGAGUCUUGGCCAUCGAGCGUAAUUGGUUUUGUUUAGGAAGCUAACAGGCUAGCAGAGAAGCUUGUGUGUGGGAAACAGAAACUUGUCAGAUCUGCGGCAAAAUGAGCGAACAACUAAAGUUUAUAGUGGAACAGCUUAACCUUGAGCCUUUCAAGAAAAACUACAACCUAAUCACUUUUGACUCACUGGAGCCAAUGCAGCUUCUGCAGACGCUCAACGAUGUUUUGGCCGAAAUUGACUCCAAGCAAGCGAUUGAUAUUCGAGAAGAAAUGCCUGAGCAGACAGCCAAAAGAAUGUUUACUUUGUUAGGAAUGCUGAAAUACAGACCUCCUGGUGGACUUUCAGAUGCGAGCAGUUUUCGGCAGGGCUUGGUGAUGGGCAGUAAGCCAGUGAUCCACCCCAUCCUGCACUGGCUGCUUCAGAGGGCCCCGGAGCUGAAGAAGAGGGCCUAUCUGGCUCGCUUCCUCGUCAAGCUCGACGUGCCCGGAGAGUUUCUGGCUGACGAUGUCAUCGCCGACACGAAUCAUCAGUAUGAGGAGUUGGUAGAAGGAUUCAAGAAUUACCACAAAGAGUGUGAACAGCUGAGAAACUCUGGGUUUUCUACGGCUGAGAUUCGCCGGGAUAUUGCAGCAAUGGAGGAGGAAAAAGACCAGCUGAUGAAACGUGUGGAGCGUCUGAGGAAGCGGGUGGAGUCUGUGUCCAGCCAUCAGCGCAUGCUGGAGCUUGUCAGGCUUCUUCGUGUGGAGAAGGAGAGAGAGGAGGCACUGGCUCAUCAGAAACAAGAACAGAAGAAUCAGCUUUUCCAGGCCGAGCAGAAGCUGCAGAGGUGCCAGCUCCAGCUGAAAGACCUGCGCCAGGCCGCAGCAGACGCCAAGCCUGAGAGUCUGGUGAAAAGGCUGAAGGAGGAGAUCAAGUUCAAUUCCUACAUGGUGUCGGACAAGCUGCCCAAAGAGCUGGCGCGUCUGCGCCGCCGGGUGCACCACCUACAGAAGGUGGCGUCCGAGCCGGCCAUGGGCCACGCCGAGCUGGCCGAGCUGGAGGAAAAGAUUAACGAGCUCAGUCAGGCGAACCAGGGGUUGGAGAAGAAGUUGCCCAGGAGCGAGCCCGUGGUCGAUAAUCUCACCCUGUACAGACAGCAGGCCGCCGUCAUAGCGCGUAAGAAGGAGGCAAAGGCAGAGGCACUGCAGGAGGCCCGCGAGGAGCUGGCGGCUGUGACGAAGGAGGUGAGCGCUAAGAGCAGCCAAGCACGCAGCCACGGAGGCCUCGAGAUCGUCCGCGCAGACGAGUUCAAACGCUACGUGGCCAAAAUGCGUGGCAAGAACAUCGCGUUCAAGAAGAAGCGUCAGGAGAUGGCUGAGCUGAAGGCCGAGUUCGGGGUCCUGCAGAGGACGGAGGAGCUCCUGCGCCAGCGCCUCGCCAAAGGGCAGCUGCAGCUGCAAACCCUGGAGGCUCAGAGAGGGAUCUCGGGCUUCAGCGAGACCCAGGAGGAGCUAGAGAGAGUGUCGGCCAUCAAGAGCGAGCUGGACGAGCUGAAGGGACAGACGCUGGACGACAUGUCCGUGAUGGUGAAGAAGCUCAACGUGGCCGUGGAGGAGAAGAAAGCAGCUCUGUCCCCGCUGAUUAAGGAGUUGAGGCCUCUCAGGCAGCAGUGUCAGGAACUUUCACAAGAGUAUGAGGUGAAAAAAGCUCUGUAUGACACCUGUGCUGCUGGUCUGGAAAGUAACAGAUCCAAGCUGGAACAGGAGGUGAGAGUCCUGCGAGAAGAGACGGUCCAGGAGGAGAGCCGCUACCACUAUGUCAGCUGCAUGCGAGCGAUCGUGGAGAUUCAGAUGCAGCGCGUGGCGGAUGAGAUGAAGGUCUACGUGUCCCCCGAUCCGCAGGCACGCAAGAAGUCCAUCAGGGAGCAGUACCUGAAGAACAUAGCUGAGCAGGAGUCUCUGGGCAAGAAGCUGCGCGAGCAGCAGAAGCAGGUGCGUGAGAGCCACGCGCCCAACAUGAAGCAGGUGCGCAUGUGGAAGGACCUGGAGCAGCUGCUCCAGUGCAAGAAGCAGUGCUACCUGCGAGCCCAGAGCCAAGCCUCCGUGGGCCAGGUGAUCCAGGACAGUGGAGAGGACCGCUUGGUUCUCUGACCCAGCCGUGGGACGCUCCAGCUUUGCCUAGCCUAAACAACAACUGUUUAUUAGGGAAACUACUAUUUGUAUGUAUGUGCAGUUUUUAGAUGCUACUGUGUUUCAUAGAGCAAAUGUUUGUUCAGUGUGUGUAGAGAAAUAUAAUCCUGAUAGAGUGAAAUUUCCACCAUUACCAAAAUGCUACUUAGCCUAUAUUUCUGUACUCCUCAAUAUUCCUUCCAGUCUUUUAAAAACGGAGUAAUUUUUUGUCCUUUUUUGGAUGUGUGCGAGAGAGAUGAGUGGUGGUCCCCUCUGAAUUUGAGGGAGUGGGAACACGUUCUCACGGAUAAGAGGUUGAAAAAUGAUGCUAAUCGGUAACUUCAAACAAGUCCCCAGUUUGACAUGUCUUUAAGAACACAGCUUUGGUCCGUGUGUCUGAAGAUAACGGCGAACAAAGUGUUACACGCACCAGCACCUGGUUAUUUUUGGAAGCAGCAGUCAUGACCUUGGGCAGAAGAGCUGUCCAAUUUAGGAAUCCGGCGGGGCCCCCUCUUGUUUCCGUUACUGAGGGGCAGAGGUAAUCAACAGAGCCAUGUCUACAACUCCUCCCCUACCUGUGAGCGCACACCAGCGUUUCUCUCUCAUGAUGCUUGUUUGAGGUUCUUGGAACUGCUAAUGAAAUAAAACUGGUCCAUUUCUCUGCA